UCCCGACGUCACGCGUACGGAAUGUUAACUCGUGCGGGCACGCACGCCUCCGGUGCGCGCGGCCAAGCCACAGGUGAGUGACGCGGUCCGAAGUGCGUGACGUCACGGAGGCGAAGCUCGAGCCCUUAUCUCACCUGAGAGGCAGCGCACCUGGAGGAUCCACAUCAUCGCACCUUGUUCCUUUACCCUGCUGCCAGUGUUACACUGCGGGUAAUGACCGCCACAGGUACGGAGUAACUCCAGGAGAGAAACAGAAAGCCACCUUAGUGAGACUGAAGGAACAAAAGGUAUUGUGAACCCCCGCAAGCACCAUGCUCCAGCAGAUCUUGACAGAUAUGUACAUCGAUCCCGAGCUCCUGGCAGAGCUGAAUGAGGAGCAGAAACAGACACUCUUUUUUAAGAUGAGGCAGGAGCAGAUUCGGCGGUGGAGGGAGAAGGAGGCUCAGCUUGAGACAAAGGAGGCAGUGGUACAGAAACCCAAAAAGAAAGUAAAGGGGAAGCAUGUUUCCUGGUUGCAGGGCUCAGACAGUGAAGUGUGGGUGUGGGUGAUGGGGGAGCAUCCCUCCGACAAACCCUACGAGCAGAUCUGUGAUGAGAUCAUUGCGGUGAGGGCAACACAGCAGGCGCAGAAGGAGGCGGAGGAGCUCAGGGCCAAGAAGGAGCAGGAGAUACUGAAGCGGUUUUCCAGUGUGUACCUGAGUGAGGAGGAGAGGCUGCAGAAGGAAAAGGAGGAGGCAAGGAAAGAGGAGGCGAGACAGAAGGAAGCAAGGCUGGAGGAAGCGAGACAGGAGGAAGCAAGGCAAGAGCAGGCCCGCCAGAAAGCAGUGGAGGAGCAGAGGAGGAAUGAGGAAGAACUGAAGAGGAGAGAGGCGGAGGAGAGGCAGAAGGCGGAGGAGGAGGUGCAGAAGCUGGAGCAGGAGCGGGCAAAGCAGAUCUAUAUGAAUCUGAAGGAGAUUCAUAGACGAUCACAAAACCAGGAGAAAGAGGACCCAGAAUGGCAGGAAACAUUGCGGAGAUCCAAGGAGGAGGACCAGCGCCGGCGCUCAAUAGCAAAGCAAGCACGAGAGGACCAUCGGAGGAAGUCAGUUAAAGCUCUUGAGCAGGGCCGUGUGGCUGCCAUGACCAAAACAUUUGGGGGUGAGAAGCCACCUCUCCUACCAAAGCCCAAACCAAGGACCAUAAAGAAUGAAGGCCUGUCUCGGAGACCAGGUGUCCGCAGAACCCAGUCCACCUCCAGUAGGGAGCAGAUAAUUCGAUGGUUCAAAGAGGAGCAGCUGCCACUUCAAGCAGGUUUCCGGAAGGAUGGGAGUGGAAUUGCUCCCUGGUUCCAUGGAAUAAUUACACGAGAGGAUGCAGAGUCCUUGCUAAGCCCUGGAGAGCCUGGAUACUUCCUUGUCCGUGUCAGUGAGAAGAUCAUGGGAUAUGUUCUCUCCUACCGGAGCCAAGAGGGAUUCAGGCAUUUUCUAAUUGAUGCUACAGACAACUGCUUCAUGCUUCUUGGUGACCAGCUCAGUUUCACAUCACUAGCUGAGUUAGUGGAAUUUCAUGAGAUGGAGCCCAUCACUUCAUCUGGAGGGGAGCAGCUACUGCAGCCAUGUGCUCAAAAGACUAGCUCUGUGGAUUACACUGAUCUCUUCACCUGAGACCUGUACUGCAGCACCGGCACAUGGACAGGACUCUGUCUUUGUGACUCCACUUGUUACUCUUCUGUUAACAAUGAGUGAGCAGUGACCACAAAAAGGAAGAGAGCGAAGAAAACCCAAACCACAUAGCUUGCUCUCUUUGUUUGACUUGAAAAUGUGACUGUAAAGCCGGUCUCACCCAUUGUUAGAUGGUGGAUUUUACUAUUAGCUCAACUUCUGGCAUCUUAUUGUCAGUGUUUCACAUUCACUUUUCAGUUUGGACACAUUUUCUAAAGCAUGAAGCUGUUUUCUUUAAGUUCUCAAUAUAAAUGACUGUAUUUUGUUUAACAUGAAAUGUGUACAUACAUAACUUGAAGGAAUGCUGGAAUUAUGAAGCAUGGGUUUGGCAGGAACUGAGCCAAGCACACAAAGAGAAAACAUGAAAUGCAGUCAGUACUGUAAAUGCAACAAGGGGGGGAAAUUGUUUAUUAAAAUCUCUUAAGUCACUACUGUUAUUGUAAAACUGGCUUUUAAAAACUAGAACAUUUUUAAUUCAAGCAAACAUUUAAUGUCAUAUUGGCCCAAAUAAUGAAAGCCCUGAAAUAAUAGAGCCACUUCUAUAUCCUUAAGAAAAUUACAAAUAAGCAACAAUUUUGAAUUUCUAAUGUAAGAAAAUAAUUUUUCAUGGAAAAUUGAAAAUUUUACUCAAAACAUCUCAUAGUGCUAAAAUUUACAGUUAAUAAACAAAGGUAUACAGAAUACUUCAAGUAGAAAGAAACAGGGUAUGUUUCUACCUGGCAUAUCUUUAUAUCAGCUCAUGCUGAACUGUGGUGUGCACAAAUUUAAACAGCGUAGCCAGGUGGCACAGUCUGUGUUAGCCUACAAUAUAAUCACAUUUCCUACAGAUAGUCAAACUACCAAAACUUCCACCUGGCAACAGGCUACACAGACAGAACAAUGCUUCACAGGUCUACGAAACAUCACCAGGUUAACACUUUGAAACUAAUGUUAUAAAAAUCCCUUUAAUUCUUUCAAAAUAAAAUCUGCUUGACAGAUCUUCUGAUACAGCACAUCCAGAGAAAUUAGUGUUUUCUUUGAAGGUUUCGUGAUUUAUCCAUACAGUCAAAUCAAUGAGAACUGACAGUCCUGGGGAGUAUGCUCAGACAAAGAAAGAUUUUUAGAAAAAAAGGACUGAAACAAACUGGAGAGAGGAAAAAAAAAAAAUCAAAUUGCAAAAAUGGCAAAACCUCACCUGGGGAAUUCACAGGGAAGUGUCCAUAUCUGGGUUUCUUCUCAAACAGAAAAAAAUAUUUGGUUUUGUCAACUCUUCCAAUUUCACCACCACAAUAACA